GGAUCUAGUGAUCCUUUAUAUAUAGAAACAAUAUACAAGUAAGUGGAUCAGUUCAUGCGAGAAUAUUUCCUCGUUAUUACAUUGAAUAUUCAGAAAAAAAAUACUCUUGGAUAUUCUGUAUCUCUCUUGAAACAAAUUUUUCAGCUAAAAUCUAUACUAUACUUGAUCAAAAAAAAUAAAAUGCAAAGAAAGAAUUCUUUCUCUUCAGUUACUUUUCGUUUGUAGAUAUAUGUUAGAUACACACGCUUCUGAUAAAACAAAAUGAUUUUGGUUUUGCUCUUGUUCGUUUCUUUUCAUCUCUAUAGUGUUUUCUCACUUCUGUUCCGUUUAAGUUAACAAAACUAGUUUUUGAUCUGCAUCUCUUUAUUGUCUAUUACGCAAUUGGUAAUACGUUACAACUUAUAUAGACAAAAAAUUACUACUGUCGAUGGACAAGUUUUAUUGUAAUGAGAAAAGUUAGACAUCGAAAAGGAACUCUUGAUAAUGAUAUCUUUUUUUCAUGAAAAAUAUAAGAACACAUGAAUAUCUAUAUCUAGAUAAGAAUUAAAAAAUUUGUCAUAUAUCAAAUAUUAUGAUACUGAAUGUCUGUUGUUUUUUUUGUCUAUUAUUUAUCUUAUAUUUAGAUCAAAAGAAAAUAUCAAGAAUUUGGAUAAACAUUUUUCUUAUCAAUCAUGAUUUAUUCUGUAUUAAUUCAUAGUAUACCGUUCGAUAAUAUUAUUUUAAUAAUAAAUGAAUGAUGAAAUUCAAACAUUUAUCGAGUUUUUACUCGAUACUGAAACAACAUCAGAAACAUCAUUUAAUGAAGCAAUUACAGAAAAACAGAUACUAUAUAAUAAUGUACACAAUGUUUCCAUUUUUGAGAAAGUAGUUGAUCAAAAACUUCAACAAUGGAAAAUUUAUUAUCAAAAAGAGUAAGGUGCUAUUGCUAAUCGAAUAGCUAUAAAUGCUGGCAAUGAAACAUCUGAUGAGGAAUCUGAGAGUGAAUCUGAAAAAGAAUCAUUAUCUGAUGAUGAAGAUGAAAAAACAUCGCAAGUACAAGUGCAUAAAAAAGGCCAGACAAUUCAAUCGAUUAAACAAUCUGAUAUUCUCAUCGAUCCAGUUAGUCAAUGUAAACGACUUCUUCAAUUUUUAUAUUAUUGUCAACAAGAUCAUACUCAUUUGAUUGAUCUUUAUUUUCGUACUCUUGAUUAUUGUGUUAAAAAUGAUAAUGAAAAGAUUGGUGCUGCAGCUUUACAACAAAUUGCAUUACAUUUAUCAGAUGAUACUAGUGAUCAAAAACAAUAUCAACGACUUAUUCGAUUACUUCCAUCAAAUUUAUCAUCUUCUACUAUACCUGAAAUACAUAAACCUAUCUUAACAACAAUUGAAAUUCUUCGUUCAAGAGAACAAACUACUAAUCAGGGUGUGGGUGUGGGUGUGGGUGUGGAUGUGUGA